AUGAAGAGUCUCUCAGUUCUUGCAAGUCUAUCUCUCUUGGCUUUAACAUUUCCAUUCGCCAUUGCUUCUGACCCAAGCCAGCUUCAAGACUUCUGCGUCGGCGUCAACACACCGGCAGAUGGUGUGUAUGUGAACGGAAAGUACUGCAAAGACCCAAGCCUUGCUACAGCGGAUGACUUCUUUUUCACAGGGCUUAACGAGACGCAAGACACAGAUAAUGAGCUUGGAUCAUUUGUGACAUUUGCUAGUGCUGAUAACGUCCCAGGGUUAAACACCCUCGGAAUAUCGUUCGCACGUGCAGAUUUUGCAGUGAACGGACUGAUCCCGGCUCACUUCCAUCCACGUAGCAGCGAGAUCUUAGGUGUCUCACAAGGAACACUUUUGGUCGGUUUUGUCACGUCCGACAAACGUCUCUUCACCAAAACGAUAAACGUGGGAGACGUUUUUGUGUUUCCACAGGGACAAGUCCAUUUGGCAGCCAACGUGGGAAAAGUCCCAGCAGUUGCAUUCGCUGCUUUGAACAGUCAGAACCCAGGUACUACCUAUAUUUCUGAAACUGUGUUUGGGUCUAACCCGCCGAUAAACCCGGAUGUUCUUGCAAAGGCGUUUCGGUUGGACGUCACGGCGAUCAUGGAUCUACAGGCCAAAUUCGAUGAUUCAUCGAAUAUUAAAACAUACUGA